AUGGGCGAGAGGGUCAACAAGCCCUCGCAAGUCGGCGAGGCUUUCUGUAUCCGAGGACUGUUCGGAGCGCCAUGGAUUGCGGUGCGCACCCCUGAUGAUCGACCGCUCAGGCCGAUGACGCCAGCGAGAAGAGAUUUGAUCUUGUCAGCAACACAGGGUCCUCAGCUGGAGAUAACCGAAACGAAGGUCCUCGACUCCAGGAUUUCGGCCAAUAUCAGACCUAUUACAUACACAGUACAGCACAGCAAGUUCGCAAAGACGGGUGAUCGCUCCUCGAUGCCCAAAGCGGCUGAUGUUCAUCACCGAACUGAUGAUGUAACUAUCCGCGGCCGCCCGAGGGAAAACCCGUCGGCAAAAUGCGGCUCACAAGCUCCAACAUCAGGCGCUCUCGGAGAGCAAGUCGGCCCGGGUUAUUUCGAUUCAUCCGUCCAACCGCUCAGCCGACAAGUUGACCAGGACAACGACGAAACCGCCAAUAUCGAGCUCGGUUUCCUCGUUGCGGCGGUAUCAUCAAAGGAACCUGACACAAGAGGUUCUUCGCGCAUAUCGUGUACGAAUGAGAGGACGAAGGAUCCGGGCCGCUGCUCGCCAGAUCGAGAGAUCACGUCAUCUUCCGCCUCUUGUCGAGAAUCCUUGCUGAAGCUUCUGAUCUCUGCAUGGCUGUUCGCGCUGAGCCAUGUCCAAAUGGCUGCAUGCAUAUUCAUCUUCUGA